GCUUUUUGCACGCACUCUGUGCUUAUAUUUUGGGAUUUUGGAAAGCAUUUAAAUUGAUACAAUUUAAUAAAUAACAUCGCAAUAAGCAUAAUUAUAAAUUAAAUCAAUAUGAGGCUGUUGUUGAAACGAUUUUUUCCUUUGAUAAAUAUAAAUUCACAAUCUCAGUUCAAAUUGAUGCCGGUACGCAAAUUUUCAUCAAAGGAUGCACAGAAAAAGAGCGAAGUUGUGGAAAAAACGGAAGAACUAAAAAAAAAUAUAGUGGUAGAUAAGUAUGGAGGUAUAACAACAUUGAAUAUUGACCGUCAACCAACAAGAAAUAGCCUUGAUGAAGCAACACUUCGUGAGAUGGCUGCAGCUAUUGAUGAAUUUGAGAAGGAUCCUGAGUCCAUGGUACUGGUGUUGAAUGGAGAAGGUGGCAGCUUCUGUUCGGGAUUUGAUGUGGAUGAGAUUGAAGCAAAAGGAUAUAGUGUUCUUACUGAUGCUGCAGCGAGGCUACUUCGUCGUCCCCUGUGUGAUAAGCCAACAAUAGCGGCUGUCUCUGGGUACGCUGUUGCAGAAGGGUUCGAGCUAGCUUUGUCCUGUGAUCUGCGGGUUAUAGAGGACACAGCAGUAUUAGGCUGCCUUGGGAGAAGAUUCGGUGCGCCCCAGGGAUUGUUCGGUGGCAGAAAACUAACGGCACUCAUAGGACUCUCUCGGGCUUUAGACUUGUUGAUGACAGGUAGACCAAUAUCAGGGAAAGAUGCAAAUACGUUUGGGCUGGCGUGUAAACUCACAUCUACUGGCACAGCACUAGGUGAAUCAAUAAAGCUUGCCAAAUCAUUGACAAAGUUUCCACAAAACGCACUCAUAAUGGAUAAACUAGCAGCUGUGAACUCACAGCUCAACCCGAACAGUGAAGAGAGCAUGAGAGAUGAGGCCGUGAUGGCCAGUCUACUAGGAUCUGCCAUUGAUGAUCUGAACAAAGGAGUAAAGAAGUUCCAAGGAGGUAUUGGUAAACACGGCAAAUUCUACAAGCUAACAGAAGUUCCACUUAAAGAAUGGGAGCUGGAGGAGGCGUUUGAGGAAAUUACAGUCACCGAAGAUAAGAAGGAUGAUAAAAAGUCGUAGUUAGUUGUUUAACUUAUUUAAUGUUGUUAUUGUUGCUAAGUACCUACGUAGAAUAAAAUAAUUUAAGUA